UUCUCUGGUCGGCCCAGCAAACCCUUCCCGGGUCUGUGAAACUGCGCCUUUGGCCUCGCUGUGCCUGCGCGAGGAGCGCAAUAUUCCGCUCGCUGGUCGGCGCGGUUAUUGGCCUUGGUUCUCGGACUGACCGCCCUUACCUCCCUCCCGGCCUCUCCUCCGGGCCCAUCCUCGUCAGGGGCGUGUCGCAGCGACGGCGGCCCCCCAGACUCGGCCCAGGACAACUAGCGGCCCAUCUCCGCUCCGGGCUCGGAUGGGAGGUGGCGGGAGGAGCGGCCUGGGAUGUUCAGUCUGAUGGCCAACUGCUGCAGCUGGUUCAAGCGGUGGCGGGAGCCCGUCAGAAAGGUGACUCUUGUGAUGGUGGGACUUGAUAAUGCUGGUAAAACGGCAACAGCAAAGGGAAUCCAAGGAGAGUAUCCUGAAGAUGUAGCACCUACCGUUGGAUUUUCCAAAAUUGACCUUAGACAAGGAAAGUUUGAAGUCACCAUCUUUGACUUGGGAGGUGGAAAAAGAAUUCGGGGAAUCUGGAAGAAUUACUAUGCUGAAUCUUACGGAGUAAUAUUUGUUGUGGAUUCGAGUGAUGAAGAGAGAAUGGAAGAGACAAAAGAGACAAUGUCAGAAGUGAUAAGACAUCCUAGGAUAUCGGGAAAGCCUAUAUUGGUGUUGGCAAAUAAACAAGAUAAGGAAGGGGCUUUAGGAGAAGCUGAUGUGAUUGAAUGCCUGUCUCUGGAAAAACUGGUCAAUGAGCACAAGUGCUUAUGUCAAAUAGAACCUUGUUCAGCAGUCUUGGGAUAUGGAAAGAAAAUUGACAAGUCCAUUAAAAAAGGCCUUUAUUGGCUGCUACAUAUCAUUGCAAGAGACUUUGAUGCCUUAAAUGAGCGCAUCCAAAAAGACACAGCAGAACAACGUGCUCUUGAGGAACAAGAGAACCGAGAGCGGGCUGAGAGAGUACGAAAAUUACGAGAAGAAAGAGAACAAAGAGAGCGAGAGCAGGCUGAACUCGAUGGAACCAGUGGUCUGGCUGAGUUGGACCCAGAACCAAUUAUUGUUAAUCCUUUCCAGCCGAUAACAUCUGUAAUCAUUGAGAAUGAAAAAAAACUUGAAAGAGAGAAAAAGAGGCAAAAUGUGGAGGAAGACAGUGAUGGCUGUCCCCUGAAACAUAAAAUGGACCAUGAGCAAAUAGAGACACAGAGCCAGAUCAGUGACAGUAGCCAAAAAAACAAUGGGUUCGGAAUAGUAGAAAAUUAUAAGGAGGCAUUAACACAGCAGUUGGAAAAUGAAGAUGAGACAGACCAGCAGUCAUCAGAAUCAGAUAACAGUAAAAAGAAAACUAAGAAGCUAAGAAUGAAAAGGAGCCACCGUGUAGAACCUGUUAAUACAGAUGACUCUGUUCCUAAGAGUCCAACACCACCCCCACCUCCUCCUCCUGUUGGCUGGGGAACCCCCAAAGUCACUAGACUUCCAAAACUUGAGCCUCUUGGUGAAACACGUCAUAAUGACUUCUACGGGAAGCCACUGCCUCCCCUGGCUGUGCGACAGAGACCUAACAGUGAUUCUCACGACGUCAUAUCGUAACCAGCUCAUAUGGACGCGCUCUGUUAAGGUCGGCAAGAUGAGCUGGAGGACCUUCUUUCUCAAAGGAGAAAAACCCUGAACAUCGAUGACUGGGGCAAGACAACCGUAGCAGUAUCAGUGAGCCAAAGACCUGACUGUUUUGAUAAUUACUUACCCAUGGUCUUCAUGGUUCAAAGAAAAAAAAGAAGCAAAAUGACCAGCAAAUGGGACAAGCAUUUGGACCAAGUUAGCAAAAAUUAGUGUUGACUCUGAUUUAUACAUCCCCACUCAUGGGCAUAUUCCUGAAGGAAAAGCUGUUCAGAAAAAGAGCCAAUGGACUCUGUACACUUUCUUUACUAUUUGUUUAAUAGUCUUUAUUUCUGUAUCUUAAACAUUUGUAAGAUAUAUGUGCAUGGAAAGGGAAUUCUUAGGAAUUUAUAACCUAAAUUUUUAACUUUUUAUAUUUUUCUAAAACUUUGGUUUAAGAAUUUUAAUUACUAAGAUAUUGACUGUGCACUUUUCUAUAGAUGCUUUGUUUAAACUGUGUCUGGAAAAUGGAGUUGAUUUACAUGACAGACAUGAACUAUACAAACAGGAUAUAUUUAUAUGGUUUGAGGUAUGUUUUAUAAUAAUACUGUUCUUGAAAUAUACAUCCUAAUUUUACCUUAUUUUAAGAUAUCUUUUUAAAAUCGAUUCUCAGAUUUUUAUUUUACCAAAUUAUGUUAUUUGAAAGCACUAAUUAAUUAAUUGAAUUUUUGUUGUUUGUUUUCUUUGGUGAUGUUCCCAAUAAAUGAGAGACACUUGCAAUACCUUUUGACUUAAAUGCUUUUUAAAUUAAUAAAACUGUUUUCUGAGAUAUUAUUAAAAGUUCCAAUAAACACCUCUUUCAAAGAUUAGAUCUUUUCAGAGAUCAGGGUGCUUCUUCUCACUCCCUUGUUCUAUCAGAAGCUUCAGUGACUCUUUUAGGUUAUUCUAAUUCUCUUUUGCCUUGAAAUUAAAGGCAAAAAGACCAGAAAAGCUACUGUAGUCCAGAGACUUUAUUUUAUAACCGGGAAAUACUUGGGUACUAAAGAAA